AUGUUGCCACCGCCAUAUUAUAACGAUGAUAAGAAUUCGUUUGCUUACUCAACCGUGCAUAAACGUUGGCCAACUAUUAUACAAGGAGCAAUUGAUGAUGUUCAAGAAACAAUUGCUUCAAAUAAGGAGCAAUUGCAAGAUUCGGGAUCAAUUAUUCUUGAUCAGUUGAAACAGGUAUUGAGCGAUAUGGAACACGACGCAAAGGUGAGACAAUUUACUCCUAAUGAGAUUUCCAUAAAUUCACAUUUGAGCCAUUUCAAUAAGAGUUUGGAAAAGUUCAACAGAAAUAAACUUGUUACUUGGCAAACGGGACCGUGGUUGUAUUUAGAAUGCUACUUAUACCAACUCAUAAACAAUUUUUUUAUCGAUAAGAAGCAAGACAAAUUUUGGCAGAGUUAUGACGUUUUUCAAAAGUUGAAAACGAAAACUUUUAAACAAUCAGAGUUUGGUGUUUUUGAAUUGUGUAAGCGGUAUGAGACAUUAUCUCAUCAGUUGAAUCAAGUCACUGCUGACUCAGAGACCUUGUAUUUGUUAUUUGCUGAAUUUAUCGAUAUUUCAUUAUGGGGCAAUGCCACUGAUUUAUCUUUACUCGCUGGGAAUGUUACUUUAGAGGAUAUCAAAUCUCUUCAAGGUGCCGAAGUUCGACAAAAGAAUGAGGAAAAAAUAAUCGUUAAUGACUUGAAACAGGCAUGGGAAAAGAGCGGAUUAAGUAGCAAGGGUGCAGAAAGAAGAAUAGAUAUUGUUUUGGAUAAUUCCGGGUUUGAGCUCUUUGCUGAUUUGAUUCUUUGUUUGUUCCUACUCGAUUCACAAUUAGCUUCAGAGAUUCAUUUACAUUGUAAAGAAAUUCCCUGGUUUGUCAGUGACACCAUGCCCAAAGAUUUUAGAGACUUGUUGGACCAAUUGAAAGAUGGACAAUUUUUCCCCAAGAUUCAUAAGCAAGAUAGUAGUGCUAUUCAACUAAUCCAUGAUCAAAUAGCAAAAUAUAAUAAGGAGAAUAAGAUCAUUAUUGAUCAUUCUCCAUUUUGGACUUUGGAUUACAACUAUUGGUCAAUAUCACAGUUUGACAGCUUGUUUGAAGAAUUAACGAAAUCAAAUUUAAUUAUAUUUAAAGGUGACUUAAAUUAUAGAAAAUUAACUGGUGAUUUACAAUGGCCUAAAACGACACCAUUUAGCGAAGCUAUACAAGAUUUGAAAGAUAGUGGAUUGACCAUCUUGUCCUUGCGUACUUGUAAAGCUGAUGUUGUAGUUGGAUUGCCCGAGGGGCUUGAAGAACGUUUGGUUAAGGAAUACAAAGAUGAGGGCAAUGGAAAUGGUCAAUUUUGGAGUAGUUCUGGGAAAUGGGCCGUCAUCUCUUUCAAUAAAUAG